AGGGCCUGGCCGAAAGACGGAGGGCCGGGUCCUUCACCUCUGCCCCCCUCCCUCUCGGUACAUAUAAGAGCGUGUUCACACUUGCAAGAUGAGGAAAGGAAGUGCCCGCAGCAAGAUGGACGUUGGCAGCAAACAGGUCUUGAUGGAGAGCCCACCGGAUUACUCAGCAGCCCCCCAGGGCCGGUUCGGCAUUCCGUGCUGUCCUGUACACCUCAAACGUCUUCUCAUCGUGGUCGUGGUGGUCGUCCUUGUCGUCGUGGUGAUUGUAGGGGCCCUGCUCAUGGGUCUUCACAUGAGCCAGAAACAUACCGAGAUGGUCCUAGAGAUGAGCAUUGGGGGGGCGGAAGCCCAACAACGCCUGGCCCUGAGUGAGCGUGCGGGUGCCACUGCCACCUUCUCCAUCGGCACCACCGGCAUCGUAGUGUACGACUACCAGCGGCUCCUGAUUGCCUUCAAGCCAGCCCCAGGAACGUGCUGUUACAUCAUGAAGAUGGCUCCGGAGAACAUCCCCAGUCUUGAGGCUCUCACUAGAAAAUUCCAGAACAUUCAGGUCAAGCCUGCAGCACCUCCUGCAAAGCUAGGCCAGGAGGAGGAGCACGAUGGAGGGUCAGCAUCCUCUGGAGACCUGGCCUUCCUGGGCACCACCGUGGGUACCCUGUGUGGUGAGGUGCCCCUCUACUACAUCUAGGAUCCCUCAGGGUCUGUGGACAGGGGACAGGAAAGAUCCAGCCAGCAAAGAUCUUCUGCAGCAGGCAGGAAGCUGCUCCUGCCCACAUCGCAGGGACUGAUCCUGGAGAAAUGGGAGCCUGUGCGGAGAGGAUAGGGGGUUGUGGGGGGGACUGGUGGCCCCUAUGGGCCAGGGUGCUCCUAACCGCAAAAGAAUAAAGCAGCCUUACUGAAAAACA